AUGGAACACACCAAGAUCGUUAAGGGAGCUGAUGGAGCCGUUCUGCGUCGCCCAGGUCAGAUCCUGGAGAGGUGGCGAGAGUACUACAACCGCUUGUGUAACGAAGAGUUCUGUCAUCCUCCGAUCAUAACUGUUCCCAGCGUCGAGGGUCCUGUUCUACCAAUUACUGCCGUCGAAGUCAGUGCUGCCCUCGCAAAAAUGAAGUCGAACAAGGCAACCGGUCCUGAAGACAUACCUGCUGAUGUCUGGAAGCUGCUAGGAGAUCGAGGGUCCGUGUGGCUCGCAACUCUAUUUAACAAGAUCGUUGCAGAAGGACGGACUCCAGACGUUUGGCAAACUUCCGUGACCGUGCCUGUCUGGAAAGGGAAAGGAGACAUUGCUGACUGCACUUCGUACAGGCCUACACGACUGCUGUGCCAUACGAUGAAGGAUUUUGAGCGUGUCGUGGAAACUCGUCUGAGGAAAAUUGUCAGCGUUUCACUUAACCAGUGCGGCUUUUUGAAGGACUGCAGCACCAUAGAUGCUAUCCAUACUGUCCGUAUCCUCUUGGAGAAACAUCGAGAGAAGAACCGCAGUGUGCAUCUUGCUUUUCUCGAUCUCGAGAAAGUUUCGACCGUGUCCUACAUGAGCUGUUGUGGAUGUCCACGAGGUCGCACAGAGUACCAGAAGAAUACGUGCGGUGGACAAAGCUGCUUUAUGCGAAGCCCACCAGCGUUGUCCGAUGUGCUGCUGGAACAAGCAGGCCAUUCCCUGUAG